AUGCCAGAAGGAAGAGACCGAAUCGAGAGGCCUGUAGAUUACUCGGCGAUAUUCGCAAACAGACGCAGCCAUGGUGUGUUACUCGACGAGCCAGCCUCACGGAUAAUUUUCCAAUCGGAGCCUCAGGCGAAUCCAGAACCUGGAUCCAUCGGCCGUGGAUCUAUAAUUGGAACAGGCGGGAUUAUUAGAGGCAAUUUCAGUUCUUGGCGGCCUGGAAAUGGAAAUGGAAGAGAGAAUACGCCAAUGGUGUCUGCUAGGCGUGGAAGAGGCCGUGCUUCACCCAGUCCGUUGCCUUCUUGGUACCCUAGGACGCCUCUACGCGACAUAACUCAUAUUAUUCGGGCAAUGGAGAGAAGGAGAAGAGCUGGUAUGGGAGUAGUCGAUGGCCAGGAGAUUGAAUCUCCAGUACCACUGUCAGGUGAACACAAUUGCUCAAUGGUGACACCUGGUCCAGCUGUGGGAUUGAAGCGUAGUUGCCCUCCAUCAACUGCUAAAGUCCACAAGAUGUUGCUUGACAUCACAAACGAGAUAUCUGAGGAGGACGAAGAAGCGGGAUUCAUCACACCGGAGAAGAAGCUGCUCAACUCUAUUGACAUAGUAGAGAAGAUUGUGAUGGAGGAGAUGCAGAAACUGAAGAGCACUCCUCUCGCAAAAAGGGAAGAGCGGGAGAAAAGGGUACGGACUUUAAUGUCAAUGCGAUGA